AUGAAGCCACUGACCCCACCGACCCCGGCAAACGACGACGACGACACCCCUGACGAGUGGGACCAGCGUAUCAUCGACACUGGGUGCCACAAGGAAAACAUGGCCCUCCAGCUCUGCCACUUUGAUAACGGUGACUGGCGUAAGUGUGCUAAAGAGAUGGCGGCGUUCCGCGAGUGCUGGGCACGCAAGGGAAACGAUCAGCGCACUGCUACCGUGCAAAACGACGACGCCGAGUAA